AUGAUCCCAAGCGUCGGUGCCUCCGACCCGUUCCUCGCGCACGCGUUCGGCACCGUCGUCGGCCCCGCCAAGCAGCAAGCGAAUGCCGACGGCGCCGCCGCUGGCACCUUCCUGCGGCCUGCCGCACGCGUCGACUCGGAGGCGGGGUCGGGGCAAGACAAUACGCUGCUCGCCGGGUUCCUCGCCAUCUCCGACAUGGCGGAUCGCCUCGCGAUCGGGAGCACCAUCAGAGACCGUGCCAAGGAGCUAUUCAAGAAGCUGGAGGGGGCCAAGCUGUGCAAAAGGGGUCAGCACCGCGACACCACGUACGCCGCCUGCCUCGACAUCGCCUGCCGCAACCAGGGCAAGCCACGGACGCUCAAGGAGCUGGCCUCGGUGAUCAGCGCCGGCCAUGACAAGAAGGAGAUCAGGAGGAUGUCCAAGAUCAUCAGGACGUACCUCGGGGAGGAGGCCGGGCAGGCGAUGGAAAUGGAAGUCGGCGUGGUGUGCGCCGCCGACUACAUGGUCCGCUUCAGCUCGCAGCUCGGGAUCGCCGCGGCGGAGGUGCGCGCGGUGCAGAGGGCGGCGCAGGUGCUGGACGAGAAGCUGGACGUGCGGCGCAGCCCGGAGUCCCUCACCGCCGCGAUCAUCUACAUGGUAGCGCAGCGCGCCGGCGCCAAGACGUCCGCGCGCGACGUGUCGACGGUCACCGGCGUCGCCGAGGCAACUAUCAAGGAGGCGACCAAGGAGCUGAACGAGCAUGCAGAGCUGCUCUUCUCCUAAAGUGUUCUAGGAUUCGAUAGUUUCUUGUUUAGCUGUAACGUUCUUUCUGAUUCUUGGCACGUAGAUGGUAGAUCUAUUCCAAGACCAACUGAGUUAUGUAUAAAACUAUUUUUUGUGU